AUGAAGGUGGCGAAGUUGUUUUGUUUGUGUCCGAAGAGACAGAAACCAAGUUUAAGUUUCUGGCACGAGUCAGAAGAGACGGUGUUGUCGCAAAUGCGAAUGCCUCCUGUGACUAUAGAUUCGGAAAGCGCUUUACAGAAAUUUAAGUAUUUGAAGAAGGAGAAACCUGGAAUAAACCUGUACAUGUCUUUGAGUAAUGUGGAGGACGAGGAGAUGGAUGUACCAUUGAAGGGAAUUCAGAAUAAUAAGGAAGAUAGGAAUAGUGUUUGUCCACAGGAACUUGAUGACAAGACGGUGAUUAGGGCAGUAGAGGAUGCGUUGGUUUGUCACACGACAGUAAAAGAUGGAACGAUUGCGUAG